AUGGAAGAGCAGCAAAGCAAGGAACAAAUCGUGGAGCGGCUGGAGGAAGGCAAGGCGAAGACGAGAAAAGGAACUUUAAUUUUGAAAAAGCGAAAGGGGGAGUUACACGAGUCCUCCAAGAACUGCUUAUUCAUUUGCAGCAACAAGAGGACAGAGGAGCUAAAGAACUUCCUGCAAGAUAUGUAUAACCUACAGAAGCCUUUCACAUGUUACAUGCCCAAAGUGCACCCCAACCUGGCAGACAUACAGACGAAGAUGAAGGAACUCGUCGAUUUAUGUGUGCAUAACAGUUGCUCCUUUUUUCUUUCCGUUUUUUCUACGAAGAAGAAGCCGUCUAGAUUUAUUAUGGGGAGGUUAUAUAACAACCAGCUGUUUGACCAUUACGUUUUUACUCUCCUUUCGUAUAUCCCCAUGAAACUGUUUCCUCGUGCGAAGGACGUCCUGUGUGAUACCAAGCCGGUUGUGCUGAUUCAGGGCUCCUACUUCGAGGAGAGUGACGUUACGAAGAACCUGCGGAAUGUUCUCUUCGACUUUUUCAAGCACAGGAAUGUGGAGUCGGUGAGCAGCUCCUCUGUGCAGCGCCUCAUCGUGGUAAGCGCGCUGAGCGGUGGGCCAAACGCGGUUGGUGGAGCAGAUGGCAGCGCGGGUAACAACCCACAGCAGGUGCUCUCCUUCCGCCAGUACCUCCUCCAGAAGGAGCACUUCGGCCCCCCGCAGGGAAGUGACCCCCUCCCCCCCCUGGAGGAGGUCGGCCCACGCUUCGAAUUUGCUUUGGAGAACGCCCAGACGGCAAACUACCACCUAUUUGAGGAGGCGACCCAAAAUGUAGACCAAAAGUUAAAGAAGAAAAGCAAAAAAAAGUUAAGGAACGUCCAGGUGGACGAGUUCGGGAACAGCAUCAAGCGCGUCUUCGUGCAGAAGCAGAGCUUUGGCAAGCUGCACACGAAGCAUACGAAGCUGCACAAUCGGGUGAAGAAGGCGGCGCGGGCGGGUUGA